CUACGUAAAGUGAUCUUCAUAAUUCAUAUCUUUAUAGACAAGUUUCCUAUAUGACCUUAAACACUGACUGUUGUAUAUAGUUAUGGUCUAGUGUGGUGACAGUUACAGCUGAGAGAAACGAAUUGAUGUAAGACAUUGAAGUUGAUUCACAAGCGCCAAAAGUUCCCAAUUAAUAGUUAUAUAUCUUCUUGCUACGUAAACAAACUCCGUCUGCACUCUUAUACUAUUAUUACUUCAAGUUCAAAGAGUGAAUUUGAUAAAAAUUUUCCUCAAUGUCUUAACUGUUGGUUUUUAUAAAAUAAAAUCAUGGAAAUUCUAAGAUUUAUUUGUAUUGCAUUUGUGUUUAUUUCUCAAACAAAAACAUGCAUAUGUAGAGACCACCGCUAUAAUCCUAGCAACGAUUUUUUACUUCACGAAGCAGGGACUAUUCCAUCAAAUGAUAAAAAUAGUUAUAAUUUGAAUUUUCCAAGCUUAUCUCCGUCAAAACCUACUCAAACUACUCUGACCGCAAAUAUCAACAAUGUUCCCGCUACCAAACCCCAAACUUCUGGAAAACGUGACUAUGUUGCACCUCAACGUCCAUCCACUCUGCCAACAUCCACGUCUAAGCCUCCUAUUAAUACGUUUACCAACUCUGGAUCUUCUUCGCAUACUCCUAAAAGGGAUUAUGUAGCUGAAUUCCCUACCUUAAAGCCUAUAGGCACCACAUCAAAACAUUCAAUCACGACCCCAAUGCCUUCAACUCCACCAAAAAGAGACUAUGUAGCGCCAAACCUACCAUCUUCAAAUAAUAAAAACACUAAUUCAAUGACAGGAAAAGUAAAAGAUCUCAUUAACUUUUAUGAUAGUAAGCACCCAAGCGGACCGACACAAAAGCCAAGUUACAGUUCCGUUAUAAAUGGACCCAAAGGCAACCAAACACCAACUUUGUCUACAGUUAACACUCCAAAACCGAUGAGCUUCAGUUCAGUUGUAUCAGGUUCGAAUAAGCCCACAUCCACGUAUAAAGUUACGACACCCGCUACUGCUGGUGGAAGACCUGGUGUUGCAAAUAACAAUGCACCCACAAAGCGACCAGGGAGUCCUGUUUUACCUAGUUCCAUAAUUAGUAAUCAAGGUCAAGGCACAAAUUCAAAUAAUCCAAGCGAUGCGGAAUUACAAACUAUGAGUGAAGAAUUGCUCCGAAAAGAUAUAAAUAAUGCAGCUAAAUAUGUAACGGUUAAUUAUCAAGAAAAAACAACAUCACUUUCGAAAGAAGAUAAGGCUCCUUUACCAUUACUCACUAUUUCAGCCGAAGUAUGGAAUAUGACGACAGUACAAAAAUUCACACCUCUAUUGGAUAACUACGAAAGAGAUACUUUAGUCAAUGAAUAUGUAACAUCACAGGAGAGAAAUGAAGAGAACGCUUUCAUGGACGUCAUUAUGGCUACAAGUGUAUUUCGCCAUUUGAUGAAUUUCUUAAAAGAUAAAGGAUAUGUCACCCCAGAUCCGAAACAACAAAGAGAUUUUAUAAAGCAAAUGUGGUUUGGGUUAUAUUCCCGAGGUAAAGGAAAAAUAAGUAGUUCAGGCUUCGAACACGUAUUUGUGUCUGAGCUUAAAAAUAAUGAAGUUUCAGGUUUACACAAUUGGAUUUAUUUCUCAAAAGAAGAAUUAGCAAACCGAAUCAAUUAUUUAGGAUACUUGAAAUAUGUAGAACUUAAUGGCAAAGGUGCUGUUCUCAAAAUGCACUUCAACCAGCAAGGUGUAGACAAACCAGUAGAUAGUAUGUUCAUAGGGACAUCGCCUGAAUUGGAAAUGGCACUUUAUACUUUAUGUUUUGUUACGCGAGCUGAUAAAGACUGUAAACUAAAACUUGGAACAAAAGACGUUGAAAUCGUUACACAUAACUUUAGAUACCGCAGUAAAAACUACAUCGGCAGUGCAUAUCCACAGAUAUAAUAUUAAUAUUAUAAAAAUAUAUAAAUACGAAGUCAAUUUAAGUAUAUACUUAUCUAUUAAAUUUUUAUAAUUUUAUUA